UACGCUGCCUGUGCUCGGUAUCGCACAACGGCCGGUGAAACAGGAUCGCGCAUCAUGUGCCGCGGUGGGCCGCCAAGCUCCGCCGAAUCCUCUUCCGCUUUGCCCCAGUUGCAUCGUCUGCAUCUUCUGCACUCGACGUGUCGACCAGCGAUGAUCAAUGAACUGGUAACCUGCAGCAGGCGUGUCAUAUCCUCGAGCAGCCUGCAUCGAGUUCACGACGCUAACGUGGCCGUUGACAGAGCCCGCGUUCCCCAUGUGCCGAUGCACUCCGGUGACGAUCGCAGACCGGUGUCGCGCCAUCCGUGA